GCCGCAGCCACUCCGCCUCCGGACCAUGGCCGUGCUGCUGCUGCGGCGGCGGCGUCUGGAGGGGGCCGGCGGCGCGUAGAGAACGAGGCAGCUGGGCCGGGCGCGAGUCGACGGGGGGGCGGCGAUGGACCGGCGGGGCAGAGGCGGCUGGGGCUGGGCGUUGCCGUCGCUCUUGCCGCUGCUGGCUCUGGCUGUGCCGCGGGCCUCGGAGGGGCCAGCCCCGGGCGAAGUGGACGCAGAGGCCUGGCUUCAGUCUUACGGCUACCUCCCGCCGUCUACCCGCCAGAUGUCCACUCUGCGCUCAGCUCAGAUCCUCUCCUCCGCUGUGUCUGAGAUGCAGAGCUUCUACGGCAUCGCUGUGACGGGAGUCCUGGAUGAAGAGACGAAAGUGUGGAUGAGGAGGCCCCGCUGUGGAGUCCCUGAUAAGAUUGGAACUCAGGUCAAAGCCAACAUGCGGCGCAAGCGAUACGCACUGACUGGACGCAAGUGGAACCAAGACCUUCUGACCUUUAGCAUCCAGAACUACACAGAGAAGGUGGGUCGUUUCCAUUCUUACAAUGCCAUUCGCCAAGCCAUCCGAGUGUGGGAGAAAGCUAUCCCACUCGUCUUCCAGGAGAUCCCAUACGACGAAAUCCAUCACAAGAGGAGGAAGGAAGCUGACAUCAUGGUGCUCUUUGCUUCUGGGUUCCAUGGGGAUAGCUCUCCCUUCGACGGUACCGGGGGCUUCUUGGCACAUGCAUUCUUCCCAAGUACUGGUUUGGGAGGGGACGUGCACUUCGAUUUGGACGAGCCAUGGAUGCUUGAGAACAGGGACGUGUCAGAAGGGAACAAUCUCUUCCUGGUAGCUGUCCACGAAUUGGGCCAUUCGUUGGGCCUGGAGCAUUCCAGUAACCCUGGUGCCAUCAUGGCGCCUUUCUACCAGUGGAUGGACACUGAGAAUUUCCAGCUGCCGGAUGACGACCACCGUGGCAUCCAGCGACUCUAUGGUGUCCCAGGGGGACGGCCACAACCCACCAGACCCUUUCCUACUGGGAUGCCCAGGAAGCCAGAGCAGAGGACUUCUAGGCCACCACCCGGCAGGCCAGACUGGCCUCCCAAGCCAGGCAACCCCGGCCAGUCAGAGCCCAACAUCUGCGACGGGGACUUUGACGUGGUGACGGAGCUGCGUGGGGAGAUGUUUGUCUUCAAGGGCCGCUGGUUCUGGCGUGUUCGCUACAACCGGGUGCUGGUCAACUACCCCAUGCUGAUUGGACACUUCUGGAGAGGCCUCCCAGGGAACAUCGAUGCUGCGUAUGAGAGGCACGACGGGCGGUUUGUGUUCUUCAAAGGGGAUCAGUACUGGCUUUUCCGCGAGGCAAACUUGGAACCGGGUUACCCGCAGCCCCUGACUAGCUACGGACUGGGCAUGCCAUACGGCAGAGUGGACACUGCCAUCUGGUGGGAGCCCACGGGACACACCUACUUCUUCCAAGGGGACAGGUACUGGCGCUUUAAUGAGGAGAGGCACAGUAUGGAUCCGGGCUACCCAAAGAAAAUCAGCGUAUGGGCCGGAAUCCCCCACACUCCCAAGGGAGCCUUCCUGAGCUCUGAUGCAACCUACACAUAUUUCUACAAAGGCACAAAGUACUGGAAGUUUGACAACGAGAGACUGAAGACAGAACCGGGCUACCCCAAGUCUAUCCUGCAUGACUUUAUGGGAUGCCAUGAAGAGGUUGCUAUGACACCCGAUCCUGGUCAUCGGUGGCCUAAUCUGGGCAGGCCGACCAUCAGUCCAGGCACCACCGAGGAGGAAUACAAUGUUGACACUCUCCCCGAGGAGGAAGGCAAUGCAGUGGAUGCGGAGGACACUUACGGUGAUGAUGCGGACGGUGGCCGGGCAAAGGGCCGGGGUGAUAACGAUGUGGACAUUGUGGUACACAUUGACGAAUACCCUCUGACUCUGAGCAUCAUCAUGGUGAUGGUCCCGUUGGUGCUACUGCUUGGGAUCCUGGGCCUCAUCUACGCCCUUGUGCAGCUGCAGCGGAAAGGCACCCCCCGCAUGCUCCUCUACUGCAAGCGGUCUUUACAGGAAUGGGUGUGAAGCCUGACCGUGUCCACCAACCACCCUGGUGCUCUUGAUGUGCCUCACACUACCUCCCGGUCUCUCCCAGUGGGCUAGUUUACCCGUAGAGCUUUCUCCCUCCCUCCCCUUGUCUCCCACUUGGAGGAGAGGCUUGUGAGACCUCAGAAGGUCUCUGAGGCUGAUUGGUCACUUCCAUCUCCUCAGGACCAAAGCAAGCCUCGUCACUUCCUGUGUAGAACUGUUGUAAGUAGACGUAAAGAUCCGGCAUCCAUGCAGGCAUUUAGUGGUUGGAGGGUAAGUGGGCGAUCUCUCCUGUUCUGUAGACCUACCAAGCUUGCCAAAGAGAUGCCACUGGAGCCCUCCAGUUUUGAGGCAUGGCUUUCUCUUAGAAAGUUUGACCUGUUCGUGGAGGAUAAUCUGAAGGAUCUCGUUCCCCGUUCUGGGUUCUUGUACACGCACGAUGGUCCAGACCUCAUUUUUGCAAAAGGCUGAGUGGUGACCAGACAGGAAGGGAGAGGGUGCUUCGCCCUUUUAGAUCCAUUUUUUGCCUUUCUGUGCAGCGGCUUUCCCAAGUUGCAUCCUGACAGUGCCGCUUAUACCGGACGAAUUGCUGGGGGACGGGGUUACUUCUUUGCCUUCAAGCACUAUUCGCUGUCUACAGAUCAACCUGGGAAAUAGAGGUGCUUCUCCCCCGCAUGCACAGCACAUAGUGCAUUUUUGGUGCCUUCAGAUGUGCCAUGCAUCCUACAGAUUUUGCCUUGGUUUUUCCUUUCUUUUUUUUUUUUUUAAAAAAGAAUUCUAGCGUUCUUAGCUGCAGAACAAAAAUUCGGAAGACUCUUUUACUGUAGUUUGUUGGAGUUUCUACUCCUGGAGAAGUCUCUGAAGCCAGAGGUAGGCCCUGUCAAGGUGGAGGCAGUCCCAGUCUCUCCUCCCUUGCCAGCUGACUACUGUUCCUUGCCUGCCUCUCCACAUCUCACUCUGUUUGCCCCAUGGCCCUUGCCAAAAGUGUCAGAUGCCUUGGACGCAGAGGAGCAGCUUGGUGUGUGUAAGUCGCUCCUGCACUGUGUGGCUCCCUUGGCCAGUUGUGGGUGCUCUGCUUUGAGCUCUUUCACCUCUCAUGGCUGUGAGACAGGAGCAGCCAGUUGGUUCUACCCUGUGGAAUAAACGUAGGGUGAAUGGUGGAUAAUUACCUCACGCGACCCUCUCCCUGGAAUUUGCUAGGCUUUGGCAGCAGGCAUACAAUGAAUUAUGGCCAGAUGGUGCCCCGCCACCAGCUUGACUCCUGAGAAGGAAGGUUUAUGGCUCUCCCAAGGAAGACUUCAGCCUGGCUUGGAUCUAAUUUUGAGGACUGAAAAUCCAAAGCCCAGUAAGCAUAUGUGGGCCAGGAGCUGGAUAGAUGUACAUGCGUGGUGUGUGGACAUGGUUUCCCAAGUUGCCACACUGGGGCUCCCAGGCAGCCAAACAAGUGCACAGACCAUUCAUUCAGCAACUCUGCAUGUAUCUCUCCAAUCCCAAGACUUGAGUAUUGGGUAUCUUCUGAGAGUGGAAAUCGUUGCCCUAAACCCUUUUGCAGCACAGAUGGGAAAGCUCCAGAGACCUCGGCUCAGGCCCGUGAGGGGUGAAGACAGGCUCGGAUGAUAACCUGGCUGUCACCUUCAGGCAUGUGGUCUCUAACCAAACCUCAGCAGAGUUCCUCUCCAACCAAGCCAUGUCCUGUUAACACAAGGAUCACUGCCCAGGUGGUAGCACCAAGCAUGGCAUGAAUCUUGCGCAGUGGUGAGCACUUGUCACUUCCUGCUUUGAAAUAAAUUAGACCAGCAUUCUAAUGCAAGUGCUGUGCCUUGCAGAAGCAGGAGUGGCUCUUUGGAUACAGCAGGGCUGUCUUUUGCACAGUUGGGGGGGGGGGGAAGAGCCCUAAAACUUUAGUUAGUGUAAUGGCUUCUCUGCUAGCAGAAGUGGACGCAUGCCAGUACAUCUAGCAGCAUGUUGGACUGCUCCAGUAGUUGUGGAAGCAGAAUUCUUGGUGGGUCUAGUCUGCCCUUCCCUGCUUGCCCAGAAAUGUCUUCUAACAGGUGGAUUGAGCAGGUGGAUGCCACAGUUCCAGCUGUGGAAAGGCUGGCCAAACGGCUUGGGGGAGUGCCUUGACCCAGGAGGCAGUGGGGUUGGCCCAAACUGCAGAUAGGCAGAUCAAGAGGAAUGGGGAGGGGCCACAGCUCAUUGGUAGAGCAUCUCCUUGGCAUGUAGAA